ACGAACUUGCACCUCGCCGGCGCCAGGGACGAUGCGCCCGUGAAGAAGGAGCUCUUGGAGGACCUCGCGGCUUUCGGCAUCGACGAGCUGAAGCAAGCGGUGGAGCGUCUGCCUGGGUCCACCUCCACCUUGCAGCACCUGCUCAUGGCGCACCCCUCCUGGAAGCAGCGCUUCUACCAAAUCGGCGGCUUGGAGAGGAUCUUGGAGAAGAUGGAGAGGACCAAGAAGGCCUUCUAUCAUCAGCGCUUGGCACAGUGCUUGUGCCGCACACUGGACAUGGAGAAAGUUGGCAGGAAGGAUCGUCCAGAGCUCCUCCCACGCUUGGUGAAGCAAGUUCUCGACAUCACAAACGGGAUCCGAUUUCCUCUGGAUGCCAACAGCGACGAGAAUCGCAUUCUGGAGUACAUGGAUUUGAUGGAAGCGGUCGCCCAGGACAAGGAAGCUCGCUGCCUGCUGGUGCGAGGAGACGCGGUUUCCAAGGCACUGCAGUUCACGCAGCACCGCGCACAAGCCGUGGCUGCUGCGGCCCUGAACGCCUUGGGAGAAGUUGCCAGCGACGCCGUGGAGGAGGUGUCACUACCGGCCGACGCUCUGCGCUGGAUGCUGAGCCUCCUGCGAAGUGGCCAGUCAGCGCGACUCAAGAAGGCCGCGGCGCAGUGCCUUCAGCGGCUCUGCUACGGCUCCUCGGCCUCGGCGCAGGCCAUGCGCCGAAGCCUGGACCAGCUUCAGGCGGUGCCCGAGCUGCUCGCGGCGGCGCGGCAUUUCCAGAGCUCGGAGCAGCAGGUGGGCCGGAACGACGGGGCGGAGGUGGCCAGGCACGUGAAGAACGCGGCCCUGCUGAUGUUGAACGACCGCAAGAUCACGCCGGAACCAGAUCCGAGCCACGGCCGCAUCGUGUUGGAGGCCAUGGCCUAUGCCACCGCCAAGUCCUUUGCCAAGGAGAUAGCCUUCAACAAUGAAGCGGCUGGCGUCCAGUGCUUCGGGCACGUGAAGUUGGGUGCUUGGACGGCUCAGCCGUCGACGGCUGGCGGCCCGCUCGAAUGCUCAUUGUCGUGGAUGAACCCCAUGUUCGCCUUGCGCUUUCCACCCGGCCGGAAGGCGGCCGUGGCAGUUGCAGUCAUCGAUCCUGACGCCGAGUCUCGGCGGGAGCAUGGGCCCAGCCAGCAGCGGAGCCUCUACCACGUCUCCAGGAUCAUGACCGUGAAGCGAGCCCACUCCGCAGAGGGCGCGGAGGAGAAGGAUCAGGCCAAGUUCUUGGAGGACCUGGUGGACCGAGGCUUCAACUCACCGCUCUUCUGGCAAGGUUUACAGAGCGCUGCUCCGUUCAUGUCCGAAGAUGUUACGGCACAGCACGUGGAGGAGCUGGACACUGACGAUUCUCAUAUACUCAUGCUGUCUAUGGGAACUGCUCUGCAAGAGAAGCGAUACGUGGUCAGCGUUUGUGCGGAUGCGCAGCUCGAGCUCGUGCCUCUUGCCACAGAAGGUUGGCAGAGGCGCAGCUUUGCAGGGCAAUGGCGCAGCUCGAUACCAGGAUCUGCUCAAGCCAUGAUCGAUCUGCAGCAGGUUUUCCCGCAGCUGAUCCUAACAAACGCGGCAACCUCCCCGGCCAGCGUCUGCUUCAUCCUCUCCUUCACUUCGAAGGAUGCGCAGCAUGUGAACAAACACAAAUGGCACGAGGAAGACGAUGAGGAGAAUCUCGACGCAUCCUGCCCAGGUGCUUCGUACCCCUUGCUUGACAUACAGCUUUUCGAGACUGGCAAGCACCCGAUUCAACGCUACGUGGGUGGAGGCACAGCUGUAGCCAAGAACCGGAAAGCCUCCAAUGAGUGGGUGGCCUUGGGAGCACAGCUGCCACCCUGCAGCACCCACAGCCUGGUGAUAGGUCGGUGCUGGGGUCACACACAGAAGCAGUUGCAGGACAAGGCGGAAUUCCAGUCGUUUCGGCUCUUGGUGCUCUCUGACUGCGAGCUGGAGAUGCAGCCGGUCCGCUGCAGCAACGAGUGGCGCGUGGCCUCCUCGAAGCUGCUCCGGGUUCAGGACACGAAGGCCUCGAAGCUGAAGCUGCAGCUGAAAGACGGAUCAUCUUCGGAGUCAGAGGCUUCCCAGAAGCCCCGACAUCCAGUGAAAAUAAUGGUGACCACAUGUGCGGAUGAGGAGUCACCGGCGUACAUGAUGCUGCAGGCCUUUCCGCCCGACGGAAAAGUCGAGGUCGAGCCGAUGCAAUGCCCCUCCAAGGGCGGAAAAAGAGUCUUCCUGUCCCCGAACGUGCACAAUGAGUAUGAGCUCAGCGGCGGCGACUGGACCAUCAACAUCAACUACCAUCCGCAGUGCAAGCCCGGCUUCCUGCUGGGCGUGCGCGUCUUCAGCCUCUGUGAUCUGGAGCUGCAGUGGCAAAGCCCCACGGAAGCUCCGGAGAAGGUAGAUCCCGGCAAUGACUUCGAGCGGAGCUUUAUCGAAGAGUUCCGCACCCAGCUCCCCUCCUGGCAGCGUCCCCACAGCGACGAGGACCUGCGGAUAGAGGACUCCGCUUUCCCGCCGGUGCCGAAGCAGAGGGCCGAGGACAAGGAGAUGAUCUCGGUGAGCAUGGCUUACUUGCAACGCCUGCACCGUCGGGCCUUGCGUGACCAGGGGCCGACAGAGGACUAA